AUGAAGAAUCGCAAGGCAAAGGCACUUGCGCUUCUUGCGCUAGUUGGCCCCUCUACUGCAAUUCCAUACACCCCAUCCUCCAUCUUCCUUUCCCCACAACACAAUGACUCCAUCGCAUACAUCCUCCGGCCCAGCUCCAUCGGUGCAACCGAGUUCGUCUCGCUCAACCUGUCCAGCGUGGAUGCCAAGAAUCUAUCAUAUCAAACCUUGCUGAAGAGCACGCCGUUCUACAGUUCUGAUCAGAACUCGAGUUUCAUCUCUGCCAUCAAUGACCAAGGGCUCAUCACGGUCUACUCGGGAAACUGCCACAGUGCAUCCGAUAGCCCAGUACUAUGGCAGUUCCACCCAAAUAGCAAAAGCCCAAUCGGCAAUGGGACUUGGGAUAGACUCCCAGUUAUCACCAGCGACGCAAAAACCGCACCGAACUAUUUGGCGGCGGGGUUCACGUAUUCGGUAUCCCGCCACGAAAAUGAGAGCUCCAUGUACGCUUUUGGUGGGAUGUGUCCAUUCGCGAACAGCACGGACGAGACAUGGGUCUCGGAAGCCGACUACUCCCGGUCAACGGUCGUGUUAGGGCCGAGUCCCUAUUACAACACCAAGUUCACCGCCGCCACUACCGGCAAGCGCGCACCGCCCGUCGCUGAAGCUGGAAUGGCCGUCGUGCCGCUUCAGCCUACUUAUGCUGCCGGCUCUACGGGUAAACAACAGGACUUUUUGUUCAUUGGUGGUCACACCCAGCAAGCGUUUCUUAACAUGUCGCAACUUGCAAUUUUCUCGCUGCCGCAGCAAAGCUGGAGCUUUGUCACUGCCAUCUCGAAUGCGACGCCAGAGACAGAGACUGAACUGACUGUUCGGGAUGGGAUUUCUAUCGAGCCACGCUCCGGCCACACUGCGGUUCUCUCGGAAGAUGGCAAUAAAGUAUUCGUAUUUGGAGGUUGGGUUGGGGAUAUGACUGUCCCUGCUGAGCCGCAAUUCGCAGUCCUGGAUCUCGCGGAAGGGUUUGGCGGAACCACCGAAUGGAUUUGGACAGCACCCUCCUCCGAAGGAUCAGGGAUCGCCGAGGGUGCUGGCAUCUUCGGACAUGGAGCGGCAAUGCUCCCUGGGGGCGUGAUGAUGAUCUCUGGAGGCUACAAUAUUCCGAAACAAUCUUCGAAACGGGCCUCAGCGACUGCACAGCCCAACCCGCGGGUCUAUCUCUAUAACGUGACUUCGAGCAGCUGGGUCACUUCUUACAGCAAUCCUGCAGCCAGUUCCUCGAAGGCUUCCCCCCGUUCCAGUAAGCUUUCAUCAUCCCAAAAGGCCGGCUUAGGUGUUGGACUGGGCGUUGGAUGCCCCGCUGCUAUGGCCAUCGUUUUGUGUGGAUGGAACUACCACCGAAAGCGCCGCGUAAAGAACAAACGAGACUCGCAGCUACGGGAACUUGCUUUGGGGGCAGAGCGAGCUCACUUUUGGGAUCGAGAUUGUCCAACACAAGCAAGCAGUAUUCGGAGUUCUGGAACGAGCGAAAAAAGGGAUGCCCCCUUGUAUCCUUGGUCGUCAAAUCGCAGCCAGGCGACACGACCCAACUGGAAAGACCAGGGUGAAGGCACAGCGGAGAGGACUGGGCUGCUAAAGGACCCUCCUAGUCCAGCCAAGAAUAACCGGCCCCCUGUGAUACCUCCAGUGAGCAAUAGGCCAUUCUCAUAUCGAAACAGUGAAUACAGGCGCAGUGAUACUACUGGCGAUAUCCACCCCAUUGAUGAACGCGAAGAAGAUGAAGCGGUCUUCCGAGAAAAUCUCAUGGCAACCAUCCCAGCUGGAACCAUACCCACGGUGAGGACGACGGAGCCGGAAGACCCCUUCUCAGAUACACCCUACGCAACUCCUCGGAGCACCAUCUUCGGCGUCGGCCUAGGUCCUUUCUACAGCCGGCGAAAGGAUAUUGGAUCUGUGGAUGUCGAGUCCCCGACAAAAAGCGAACGGACAGCCACCAACCUGUCAGAUAACUCAGCCUUCUCUUUUGCGUCCUCCCAGCCUAUAGGCAAGGUCAACCAAGCACGAGGCAUCCUCGUUGAUCGACCUCUGAGCUGGGGCAGUGGGCGCCAGUCACUAGAAUACCUCGCCGAAGCCUCAGCACACAGCGACCCAGACGGCGUAGCCCCCUCGGAGAAAUCAGUGUCAGCGGAUUCCUACUCUACUGCCCAGACAAACAUAUCCCACCGCCAGUCAGAGAACGAGUCCCUCCUCUUUGACGCCCUCGACCCCAUGACGCCCUCAUCCCCCUCAAAACUGCCACGAGAAUCCAAGCCAAAAGCCUCCGAUUGGGUAAUGAACACCAUGCGCCGAGCCCUAACAAUGACCCGCCGCAGCCCCGACAGCCAGCUAGACUCCGGUUCUAGUACCACUAGCACAGCGCCCCGCGCCUCCGGCAUUGAUCGCCGCAGCACGCUCGGAUCCGGCCAACAAUCUACAGGCUCGGGGGUCAGUUCGCCCCGCCGAGCAGUCAGCGCUUCAGCAGAGUUAUUCCGCCGCAAGCAGGGUGCCAAGGACUGGAACGCGCGCAAGCGAGUCUCAGACGAUGUUUUCAACACUGCUCGGUCUACACGCGACGAUCUUUUCAUUGGCGCGCCUGGAUACCUGGGUAACGAAGCUGGCUUCGGCGAUGACGAGGAAGAUGUCCAUGAUUGGGACCUGGAGGGUGCUGCCGAGGGCCGACGAGUUCAGACGACUUUUACUGUUCCUCGGGAGAAACUCCGCGUUGUUAAUGCUGCCGAUGGCGAUAUUGAUAGUAUGUCUGAGCGCUCUGUUAGUUGGGGCACUGGGAUUCGGAGAGUUAGUACCUAG